UCCUCCCACCAUGCUGGGGCUGCUGCUGCUGCAGGUGUUGGCCAGCUGCCUCUGGCUGGGACACAGCGAGGUGGUGAAGUCAUUUGCAAGUUGUCCUCAGUUCUUCUAUGCAGGGAUUCCUCCAAAUAUUGUCCUGAAUCCAAAGAAGCCAGCCUGGAUCUGUCAGCACUUCAGGAACUCGUAUCACUAUGCCACCCUGUAUGACAGAGACAGGAGAAUUCCAGUGUACUCUGCUUACAAAUACCAGCCUGGACCGGGCAAAAGACCUCAAACAUGGCUGGCUGAGCCUCAGCUAAUCAACCCAACAUAUUCCAAGGAUAUGGAUACAGAGACAUCCAUCAGUAAUCGAUACAAGAUCACUCCACAGCAAAUUGGCCAGAGUCAGGCUAUCACCCAAGACUACAAAAACCUCCAGGGUUUGGACCGUGGUCACUUGAGCCCCAGUGGUCACCGAAGUGGCAACAACAGCAAGAUGGCUACCUUCACCCUCACCAACAUAGUGCCCCAGAACAGCACACUCAACAAGGGCCAGUGGAAAGACUACGAGAACCAAACGAUGGCUCAGAGAACCCAGGGCUGUACAACAACCUAUGUGAUCAGGGGUGCUGUGCCUGGGAACACCUACAUCUCCAAUAACAGGGUUAAUGUACCCAGCCACAUCUGGUCAGCUGCCUGCUGCCAGACCAACACCACCAUGAGGACUUGGGCGGUCAUUGCUGAAAACAGCAGGAACCAGGUCCAGAACCUCACACGGGCACAACUGGAGGCCACGCUGACCCAGCUCUAUGGGAGGGGACAGGUUUCUCUGUUCCACAGUGCCUGUCCCCGCUAACAAACCUCAUAUCCUGGGUGGAAAAGGCUCAUGAGCUUUUCCCACAUGUCACAGAAUCACAGAAUGCUUUGUGUUUUAUGGCACUUCAAAGAUCAUCUUGUUCCAUCCCUUUCCCUGUGCAGUGACACCUUCCACUACAACAGGUUGCUCCAAGCCCCAUCCAACCUGGCCUUGAACACUUCCAGGAAUGGGACAGCCACAGCUUGUCUGCUCACCCUGUGACAGAGCCUCACCACCCCCUCAGUAUAGAAUUUCUCCCUAAUAUGUCAUGUAACCCUGCCAUUUGUCAGUGUGAAACAAUUCCCUCUUGUCCUGUCACUCCAUGCCCUUAUUCAAAAUCCCUCUCCAGAUCUCUUGGUGAACUUCUAAGUAGUGAAAGAAGAUCCAGCUUCUCCCCAUAGCCUUUUCUUGUUAACACCCUCAGCUGUCUCAGCCUGUCUCCAGAGGAGAGAUGUUCCAGACCUUGAAAGAUCUUUGUGGCCUCCACUGGACUCCACUCCAAUAUGUUUUUUGUCCUUCUCAUGUUGGGCACCAGAGCUGGACACAGCACUCCAGGUGCAAGGACAAGAUUCUGGACAACCUGCUCCAGAUGAUCCUCCUUGACCAAGGGAAUGGACUAGAAGAUUUUGAAUCAUCCCUCCCACACUCAACAAUUCAGUGAUUAUGUGAUCCUGAGACAUGCUCUUGUUUGCUUGCUUUUGAAACUGCACCUUGAG